AUGGUCGCUGAAGCUUGGAUUGUGAAGAUGGGUAACCAGGUAAGUGCCAAUCUCAAGCACGCUCUUCUUUUUGAACCUUCUGCAAAGAGAAAGCACAACCCCAAAAGGCAAGAUAGUAGCAGUAAAGAAGUAAUUGGAAUUCUUUCUUUUGAAGUAGCAAACGUAAUGUCCAAAACCGUUCACCUUCACAGAUCCUUGUCAGAGCCUGAGAUCGUGCAGCUCAGAAACGAGAUCUCCAACUCACAGGGUGUUCAAAACCUGGUUUCCUCCGAAGAGGGCUAUCUCCUCGAGCUGGCUCGAGCAGAGAAGCUUGCGGAGUUGAACCGUAUUGCUAGCGUGGUUUCUAGGUUGGGGAGGAAGUGUUCUGAGCCUGCUUUGCAAGGUUUUGAGCACGUGUACGGGGACAUUGUUAAUGGGGUUAUAGAUGUGAAGGAAUUGGGGUUCUUAGUUAAGCACAUGGAAGGAAUGGUGAGGAAAAUGGAUAGGUAUGUUAGUGCUACCAGGAGUUUGCACAGUGUAAUGGGGGUCUUGAAUGAUUUGGAGCAAGCAGUAAAGAAGUUUCAGCAUAACCAGCAUGGGGAGAGUAGAAGGGCGUUUGAGCAGAAACUCACAUGGCAGAGGCAAGAUGUAAGGCAUCUAAAGGAGAUUUCACUUUGGAAUCAGAACUUUGAUAAGGUCGUUGAGUUGUUGGCCAGGACAGUUUGUACCAUUUAUGCUAGAAUCUGUAUGAUCUUUGGUGAUUCUACAUGGAGGAAGAUUACUACUAGUCUUGGGCUUAGCGGAGGUUCACCACCCAUGCAAAGUGAAUCUGAGUUUGUGUCGGGCCAGAUUGGUGUUCCUUUGAGUUCUGAGAAGUUGAAAAGUAAUCAUGGUAAGAGAAAUGGUUAUGCUUAUCAGUUGGGUUCAAUUGGAAGAACUGCUGUGGGAACGAGGGUAACUGCUAGUAAGCCUCAAAUGGAUAUGAGGAGAGGUGAAUUAUCAUAUCUUCAACUUGAAGAUUUUGGUUUCCCUUGUGGAACAAGUCCGGGGAAACUUUUCAUGGACUGUCUAAGUUUAAGCAGCUCGGUUUCGAAAUUUGAUGAUGACAAUGAUGAUUAUGUUGUUGAUCGUGAGUACCAACAUAGUCACGGAUCAAGCUAUCAUAGUAUUGGUGUUGAGAAUAAGGUCAAGAAAAAGGAGCAGUUGUUCCAUUCUGGUGAUCUGAGUCAUGUUCAUAGUGGUGUCCCUUUCACUGGAGAUCUAAGUUGUUCAACCUUUGGUCCCCAAAGUAGAUUGGCCCUUUAUGCUCCUCCUUCUACACUUGGAGGCUGUGCUCUAGCAUUGCACUAUGCCAAUGUCAUACUGUGA